GAACUUGCCAACAAUAUUAGUGACUGAGACCCCAUAUACGCUAAAGAGAAAAAGAACUGUUGGCCAUGAAUUCAGAAACAGUAAUAGCUGUUCAAAUUCAAGAUGGAGUUUCUCCUCAGAAGAAGAAGAACAUUCUCCACUAUCUUACAGCAAAGAAAGACAUAGAUGAGCACAGAAAGUUGAUUCACAGCAUCAAGGUUGGACUAGCACUAGUUUUGGUUUCACUCCUGUAUCUCCUUGAUCCUCUUUUUGAGCAAGUUGGAGACAAUGCCAUGUGGGCUAUCAUGUCCGUAGUGGUUGUUUUCGAGUUCUAUGCAGGUGCAACACUUGGCAAGGGCAUGAACCGUGGAAUUGGUACAGUUCUAGGGGGUGGCUUGGGGUGUUUUGUAGCAAUUUUAGCUCAAAACCUUGGCAAGACUGGCCAGGCUAGUGCCAUUGGCAUGUCUGUAUUCAUCUUUGGUGUAGCUGCUACAUACACUCGACUGGUUCCAAGCAUAAAGAAAAGAUACGACUAUGGAGCCAUGGUUUUCAUCUUGACAUUCAAUCUAGUUGUAGUCUCUGGUGUGCGUGCGGAGAAGAUCAUCAAGAUAGGCCUUGACCGUCUCUCAGCAAUUUGUAUGGGUUUUACGGUUUGUGUGUCAACAAGCUUACUCAUCUUCCCUGUAUGGGCUAGCGAUGAACUUCAUUGUUCUACAGCUUCGAAGUUCAAUAAACUUGCUUGUUCGAUUGAAGGGUUCCUGGAGGAGUACUUUCAAGGGAUUGAGGAAAAUAAGGAUAAUCAAUCUGAAACCAGUUUUAAUGCUUGCAAAUCAGUGCUGCACUCAAAGUCCACGGAUGAAUCAUUGGCAAAUUUUGCAAGGUGGGAACCAUGGCAUGGAAAGUUUGGAUUCUCCUAUCCAUGGCACAAGUACCUGCAAACUGGAGACUCACUUAGAGACUUGGCUGCCUCCAUUAUUUCGCUAAAAGGGUGUCUUCAGUCUCAUCAACAGCCAUCAUCAGUGCCUUUGAGGCAGUCUAUCAAGAAGCCAUGUGAAGCAGUGGCCUCUCUGCUUGCUUUCACAUUGAGGGAGCUUGGAGACAGCAUCAUCCACAUGAAGAGAUGUCAUCCAGCAGUGUUAGUAGUGGCAAAGUUGCAGUUGUCAAGACUAGAGCUUAGUGAAGCUGUACUUCCUCACAUGCUCAGGGUGAUAUCAGAUGAUGAUGGUUUUGCAAUUGCAGGCUUCAUAUUUCUGCUGAUGGAGAUGGUGAAGGUGGUGGAAAAAUUGGCAAAAGAGGUUGAAGAACUGGCAGAUUAUGCAGGUUUCCCUACUCAACAGCUCAAGCAUGCAGAUUUAUGGCAAUAAUAUUGAUGCAAUCCAGUUUUGCCAUCAUGAAUAUAUC